UACACGAAAUAGAGACCGCAGAUAAAACCAGAUUUCUUGUGUCCAUGCCAAUGAGAUACCGCCACUACAUGUGGGUUAAACGUGGUAGUUUUGUCAUAAUACAACCUAUUCACGAAGGUGUUAAGGUCAAAGGUGAAAUUGUUAGAGUUUUGAUCCCCCAACAAAUAAAGAAUUUCAAGGAAGACAAAAUAUGGCCUGCUGCGUUCUAUGACAAACAAGAAUUGGAGGAGAGUGAUGAUGAUAAUGACGAUGAUAUCCCAAUGAAUACUAACAGAGUACAAGCAAUGAUCGAAAUUUACAGUGACAGUGAUUCCAGUGAAGAUGAUCCUAGUGAUAACGAUCAGAGUGACGAUGAUGAUAGUGUUGGUGAAACGUAACCACCUUCGUAAUUACUUAUUCGAAAACUUGUAUAGAAUGUAAAUAUAAUUAAGGAAUUGCUAAUUAAUAAAUUUUUCUGAAAAUCUCCAAA